UGUUUCUGUUCUUUCCCGUGGCCGCAAGCGCACGUCGCGUCAAGGCUUCAGUUCAGGCCGCAUCUUCUUAAUCGUUGGGUGGUUCUUGCCUACGCCAAUAUAUACUUUGAUGCCGAUUUUGGGGUUAUUUUGGUGCAACCUGCCCACUUGAUCCAUACAAAACCUCACAUUUUGUACCGCACGCGAACAACUCAUUCGGUCCUCCCGUUCUUCUUCUUCUUCUUCUUCUUCUUCUUCUUUUCCGAGUGGGUGCAGUGCUCCCUUCCGGUCAAAAGAAACGAUGCCGGAAUCCUCCCCUUGACGGCUACACUUCUCGUCUGAAUCCUAAUCUAGCUCAACUUGCAUCUGUUUAACAGGGACAUACUCCUCCAUCACACAGCGUGGCGAGUCCAGAUUCCGCUGAGAUGCCACCGAGGCCCCAUUGAAAGCGCCGCCAUAGCCGAAUUUUCGGGUGGUGGUAUACUCAAGGUCCACCCAACCACCGGCCUUCUUCCCUUGCAAUCCCGGGGUGCUGCGAGCCCUCCGUUUCUCCCACCAGAACGAACGCCCGCCUUUAAGCUAAGGGGAGCUCCACCAGCACAUCGCUAUACAUCACUGGCGUUCUCACUCUUGAUCGAUCAGGGGACACGGCCGUCUAGCAGCUUCGAGCCAUGGGGGCCGGCCUCAGCCUCGUGCCGCUCAUCGACUACUUCGCCCGCCGCGAGUUCCUCGCCGCCGGCCUCCGCCCCCACUCCGUCACGCUCCCCUACCCCGACGGCGGCGACGGCGGGUCCUCGACCUGCACCGUGCACUACUGGGCGCCGGCGGGGGAGCCGCGGCUGCCGCCACUGCUGCUCAUCCACGGCUUCGGGCCUCGGGCCACCUGGCAGUGGCGCUGCCAGGUGGGGCCGCUGUCCCGCCAGUUCCACGUCAUCGUCCCGGACCUGCUCGGCUUCGGCGGCAGCUCCUGGGACUCGCCCUCGGCGCCGCCGCCGUCGGAGGCCACGCAGGCCGCGGCGCUCGUGGCGCUGCUGGACUCGGUGCAGGGGCUCAAAGGCAAGCGGGUGGCCGUGGCGGGCACGAGCUACGGCGGGUUCGUGGCCUACUGGCUGGCGCGCGCGGCGGGGCCCCGGAGGGUGGGACCCGUGGUGAUCGCGAGCUCCGACCUGCUCAAGACGGCGGCCGACGACCGCGCGUUCCUAAAGAGGGCCGGCGAGGGGUGGCGCGGCGCGCACGAGCUGCUCCUGCCGGCCGAGCCCGCCGCCAUGAGGAGGCUGAUGGAGAUGGCUGUGUACCGCCCGCCGCCGGCCAUGAUGACGCCGGACUUCGUCCUCCGGGACUUCAUCCAGAAACUGUUCAUGGACAACAGGGAGCAGCUCACCCAUCUUUUCAAGGGGAUCACAGUCGGCACCGACAAGUUCCAAGUCACACCAUUGUCUCAGGAAGUGUUGAUUGUGUGGGGAGAGCACGACCAGUUGUUCCCACUAGACAAGGCCUACGCAAUUCAGAGGUCAUUGGAUGGGAAAGCUAGAGUGGAGAUCAUCAAGAAAACGGGCCAUACUCCACAGCUCGAGGACCCGGCCCGGUUCAACAACAUCAUGCUCGACUUCUUGGUGGCUGCGGACAAGCCCGCAGAUCCUGCUCGCACCAAUGGCAGCUCGCUAUGAGAUGCAUAGCCACCCGCUACUCCACUGAUUUGCAAUAAGAUUUCUUAGCCAUUUGGGCCCAUGCAUUCAGAAUUGUUGUGUAUACUAAUGCGUACAUCAAUCAGGGUCUAUUUGAUUUGCAUGAUUCUUGGAUGCAGGAUUAGAGUGUCACGUCAUCUUUGAUAUUUGAUUAUGUACAAAGAAAGCAUAAGAUUUUUUUCCCCAAAGAAUUAUAAAGGAUAAAAAUGCUUCUAUGAAA